AUGGUGGGUGAAAAGGCCAUCGCAGGCCCCAACACUUCCCUUCACCCUACGUAGCAACUCAGUGGAGUCUGCAGUGUCAUAGUGAAACCUCCAUUCUACCCACAGGUGUCCUGCUGUAAGCAUGUUCCCUGUACCUGCUGCUGCCAUCCUAGGUGGCCUCAUCUAGAGUCCACUUAUAGCCAUCUGUUCUACAUCCCCCUCCACAUAGGGGCCUCAGCAGUCUGCUGCCUCCUGUCAAGAACGGUAGUGGAGAGGGUCUGGGGUAAGGCACAUGGUUUACGUAUGCCCUCAGGGUUGUGUGCCCAUCUGUUUGGCCACUCUCACUGCCCAGUGCUUAGUGGCUCUGGAGCUGUGUACCCAGUUUGUGCAGGAACCACCACCUUCCACCUGGUGCAGGCUGUGCUGCUGGUCCACCUCCACUCCACUGUCAGCCUGCAGGCACAGCUGCAUAAUAGCUUCUGGCUCCUCAAGCUACUGUUCCUGCUAGGUCUCUGUGCUGUUGCUUUCUGCAUCCCUGAUGAGCGUCUCUUUCCAGCCAGUGUGGUGCCCCACACUGGCAUCUGCAGAGGCUCUACAUUCAUCCUGCUGCAGCUGGUGCUUAUCACAGCCUUUGCCCAUUCCUGGAGUAAGAACUGGCAAACAGGGGCAUUCCAAGACUGCCACUGGUUCCUAGCCAUGCUGCUGGCCACCCCAGGAUUUUACAGCAUGGCAGGUGUGGCAGCUGUGUUUCUGUUCCACCACUACAUGCACCCAGCUGGCUGCCUCAACAGGUGUCUACACCUUUGUUUCUGUAGCUGCCUCUCCUUCCUCUUCAUUUCUCCUUGUAUCCACCUCAAGCUACACUGCUCUGGCCUUCUAUAAGCCUCUAUCAUCAGCUGUUACAUCAUAUACCUGACUUUCUCUGCACUGUCCAGCCAACCUCCAGAGUCAGUAAUCCUUCAAGGACAGAAUCACACCCUGUGCCUGCCUGGCCCAAGUUAAAUGGAACCCCAAACACCAGCUACUUCCCUGGCAGCAUUGGGUGCUGGCAACUUGUAUGCUUGUGUGCUAUUUGCUUGUGCUUACCUAGCUGAGGUAUUUGGGCCCUUGAGACAGAUCAUCAAGGUUUACAGCUAUGAGUUCCAGAAGCCCUCACUCUGUUUCUGUUGCCUUGAAACAGUGGAGCCAGAGGAAGGUGAGGCAAAGGGAGGAGCCACCAGGCCAGCUGACCAAGGGACCUCUCCAGCUCCUCCAGUGCAAACCCAGGGUCUCUCCUACAGCUACUCUGCCUUUCAUUUUCUUCCCUGCAUCGCAGUCUUGGUUACCCUUACCAACUGGUUCAGCUAUGAGGGAGCAGAACUGGAAAAGACCUUCACCAAGGGUAGCUGGGCUACUUUCUGGGUCAAGGUUGCCUCAUGCUGGGCCUGUGCACUCCUCUACCUGGAGCUGUUACUGGCACCACUCUAUUGGUCUCCCACCCAGGACCUCAAGCCUCCUAUCUUUAGGUGACACUUCCAUCGUUUUAGUAUUGCCAGAUAG